UUACACUUUUAUCUAAUAUUUACACCAGAGGAGUCGCUUGAAGGUUUGGAGCAGCAGAUGGUUCUUGUGGCCUGUGGACCCUUCACCACCUCGGACAGCAUCACCUAUGACCCUAUGCUGGAUCUGAUAGAUGUCAUCAAUAGGGACCAACCAGAUGUCUGCAUACUGCUGGGGCCGUUUGUGGAUGUCAGACACCAGCAGAUAGAGAGUUGUCAGCUGACAGUGACCGACCAAGAGGUUUUUAAACAGUGCAUGAAAGGAAUCGUGGAAGGAACGAGGGGCUCAGGGUCUCAUCUUGUGGUCGUGCCAUCACUGAGGGAUGUUCACCAUGAUUUUGUGUAUCCUCAGGCACCAUUCCACUGCUUUGAGCCGUCUAAGGAAGACAAGGAGCAUGUCCAUUUUGUUUCCGAUCCUUGCACAUUGAACAUCAACGAGGUAGUCUUUGCUGUGACUUCAACUGAUGUUCUCUUUCAUAUGGGAGCAGAGGAGAUUAACAGUCCCCCAGGCGGAUCAGACCGAUUUACGAGAAUCCUCAAGCACAUUCUGACCCAGCGAAGUUACUAUCCUCUGUACCCGCCUGCGGAGGAGAUCAACGUAGAUUAUGAGUGUCUGCAGUUGUAUGCGCAGCUCCCUGUUACUCCUGAUAUUUUAAAUAUCAUUAAACAUUUUUUCAAUCGAGACUUUUGCCAACUUUAA